UUAAGUGAACUGGCAAAGGGAGAAGGGUUUUAACAGGCAAACCUAUGAGCGUCAGGGAGAGUAAUUGGCUUUGGAAUCGUUUUAGGGGAAAGUGCUAAUCCAAUCUACCCUUACUUUAUUCCUCUGAAACUGUAACAAGCAAGCGACACAAGCAUAUCCUAUAUCCACACAAAGCUUCAUCUUAUUCUGUUCCCUACAACAAAGUAGUUUUAUUCUGGUUCUUUUAUAUCUUGUUCCUGCUUGUCUAUCCCUGCUCCCGCAACCAAGCCUACACAAACUUUAUUACCAGGGUUUUUAAAGGUUCUGCAUUUCUUUGAAAAUGGAUGAUUGUCUAGAAGGAAGCUGUGUCGGAGGCCAGUCUGCACCAGGUGAACUUGCAGAAGCGAGUGUCACUUGCACUAAAGAGAGUGCUCUGGUGCAGAAACAACAGAUUCUUCAGUUGCCAGGCCAAGGAGAUCAGUGGAAAAAGAAGAUGCAACAAAUAGAACGGCAGCUGAGAUGCCUUGCAUUUCAAAAUCCGGGACCACUGCUAGCAGACUUCAACCCUGAAACUCGGGAGCAGCAAAAGAAAGCCUGCAUGUCAAUGAUAAACCAGGAUUGUUUUAAUAAUACAAAGAAAACUGUGAAGAAAUACGACAAACAUGGGUGGCUGCUUUCCAGUAAAAUAGAUCUAUGUGACUGUUUGGACAAGAACUGCUUGGGCUGCUUCUAUCCCUGCAGUAAAUGCAAUUCAACCAAGUGUGGGCCAGAGUGUCGAUGCAACAGAAAAUGGAUUUAUGAUCAGAUUCAGAUAGAGAGUGGUCGAAUUAUCAGAUUUCCAUUCUGAUUCCCACCCCCUCCUUUGUAGAGCAUAUGCUGAACUUUAUUUAUGUAUUUAUUGACCAAAAAAUUGGUGGGGUAGUCCUUGGGUUUCUUUGGUUUAAACAAGUUAGAAGGUUAAACAGGUUAGUUAGUUUGGUUAGUGGAAGGUGAAUUUCAUCUUUUCUUUAGGUUAAGCCUAUGGAGUGGAGGGGUUCCUGGGGGUGGGGGUGGAUAGAGUCAGCUGCAUUGAGAGUAAAGCGGCUCAAAGCCAGCAGAAAUAAAUAGAAGAAAACAACACAUCAUAUAGGCUCAUUAUUUCUUGGUUUCUCCUAUACAGACUUGAUAUAGAUUACUGUACCUUAUUAUUGCUCACAUGAAAAUAAACUAUGUGUCCUGAAAUCUUCAUUCCAAGUGAUUCUUGCAAACAGAAGGAGAGUAAGGAAUACAAGGUUAAUGAAAGCCUCUUCUUGUUCCCCAAGAGACUUGCACAACUAGAAAAUUGAUUCCUCCUGUUUAUUGUCUGUGCAGAGCAAUCCAAGGAAAUGUUUAAGUCCUGUGGGCAAAGUUUCAGAAAAUAAAGCUAGACAUAAACUAUAUCAAGCAUUAGCUUUUAUUGGUACAAAGAAUAGACUCUAAACACAUGCAAGGAACAGGUAGUUUAAAAGUUACAUUCUCACCUAUUUUACAUCAGUCUGUCUGCACUUAAAUUGAAAACAUACAGUCUAUGUGUUCAAGAAAACUUUCAGAUGAUUAGAGUGUUUCAACCAAUAUUAAUGUCAUGGUUAAAUUUCUUUUUCUAAGUUGCUUACUCUUGAGAUACUACUGUGAUCAUAUUAAAAUGCAGGACUGCUGAUAUUUUACCUUCAGGAUCAUCUUUGUUGUAAAUGGCUAUAAAAAUAGUCAUGGCAUAUAUCAGAAAUCUGGAUCUAUAAGAUUUUGCAUGUAAUUCUAAAUGGCUGACAUCCAGACUAAUGAUGUGCCAGUACUGCUGAUAGAUUUGACUAACAUAGCAUGGGGUUGUGUGGGUGGGGGGGGGUUGUAAAUGACUUCCCUUUCCCCUGUAAUCACUCUGUGCCACCCAAACGUAUGCCCCUGAGGGCUGUGGAGGCCUUAGGGACAUAUUUAUGGGUGGUUCAGGGUGUUCUAUGGGCAAAGGGAGGUUGUCAAAACCACCUUCUUGUACAUGAGCACCUGUGCUGUGUUAAUCUGGAAUUCAGCAGCAGCACUGUGGUGUCUGGACCAUUAGUCUGGAUGUUGGCCAAUAUAUACUUAGAUAAAUAUAAAUACUCCAAGAGAGAUGUACACUCAUGCUGAAGGGCAAUAUUGACAUACUUUUAUUCAGGUUAAUCUCACCUUCCAUACUGUUUGCUUCUGCUUCAUAGUUUGUUAAUUAAUGUGCCUAUAUGGUUGCAUGCUUUAUAUUUUGUACAUAAUCUUUUAAUUAAAACAUGUACAAAUUGGGUUAUA